CAAAAAAACGUACGUGUCAAUUAUGUCAAUACCAUUCUUAACUAACCAAAAAAUUUAUGCUUACCAAAAGUGUCCUACCGAAAGAUUCUGCAAAUCCUUGCUUACUUAUUAGAUACACUGUAUACAUGCCUUAUAAAGAUAUGGGAGUAUUUCUUUGUCCUUUCUUUUUUGUGUGUGAUUCCAGAGAGAUGAGAAUGAAGAUGAUGGAGAUAUUAAAACUGGUAGUUGUGGUGGCGGCUAUGGUGACCAUGAGGGCAGCGGAAGCAAUUUGGCUAGAAUUGCCUACUUCAGGAGAGACCAAGUGUGUAUUUGAAUAUCUCCGAAAUAACAUUGUUGUUUUGGGUCAUUAUGUUGUCAUACAUGAUAACGAGCACUAUCAAGCUGAUGUUCUACCUACUAUCUCCGUUCAGGUUACAUCUCAAUCUGGAAACGAUUUCCACCGUGAAGAAAACGUCACUUAUGGUAAAUUUGCUUUUACAACGGCUGAGACUGGACACCAUUUGGCGUGCUUUCGGAUGAAUAGCCAUGUUCUAGGUAAUAAAAGUGUGAGCGUUGCUCUUGAAUGGAAAACUGGAAUUGAUGCGAAGGAUUGGGAUUCAAUUGCAAAGAAAGAAAAGAUAAAAGGCCUUGAACUUGAGUUGACGAAGUUGAGAGGGUUGGUGCAAGCCGUCCGUGAAAACUUAGUGUAUCUGAAAGUGAGGGAAUGGAAAAUGCGAAGAGUGAGUGAGAGAACCAAUGCAGCAAUGGCAAGGUUCAGUAUAAUGUCCCUUAGUAUCUGCAUAUUGGCUGCAUCUGCACAAAUAUGGUAUUUGAAGCGCUUCUUUAGGAAGAAAAAAAUCAUAUAGUUUUUGCUCUUGUGGCCGAGAAACCAUAUAUAACUUACUGAAAAGAUAUCAACACAAAAUUCUUUCCCUUUGUACCAAAA